CGCAGAACUGUCCCAGCGCAUAGCGCAGCUGCGCGCGCUGGGCUUGGCCAAGUUUGCGAGCCAAAGCUUUGCUCGCGAUGCCGAAGGGGCGAAGUCGCAGCCCGCCCGGCCUCCAGCGAGUGGAUGCCGGCCCAGGAGACACCAACUGGCUCACGGGGCGCACCUAUUCUAAGCGCUUCUUCGAGAUCCUCAAGUCCCGCCGGAAGCUGCCCUGCUGGCAGAAGCGGCAGGAGGCCGUGGACAUGGUGCAAAAGCACCAGAGCUCCGUGCUGAUCGGGGAGACUGGGAGCGGCAAAACAACGCAGGUGCCGCAGUUCCUGCUGGCGGAGUUUGGUUCGGGCAAGAUAGCAGUGACGCAGCCUCGGCGCGUGGCAGCAAUGAGUGUUGCUUCUCGAGUCGCCCAGGAGAUGGAUGUGGAGUUGGGCCAGGAGGUGGGGUAUCUUAUUAGAUUCGAGGACAUGACCAGCGAAAGCACUCGCUUGAAGUACAUGACCGACGGCAUGCUGCUGCGCGAGUGUCAGACGGAUCCACUCAUGAGUCAGUAUUCCGUGAUCAUCCUAGACGAGGCACAUGAGCGGACACUCUCUACGGACAUUCUCUUUGGCCUUCUGAAAGAGGUCCUACAGAGGAGGCCAGAGCUCCGCUGCCUGGUGAUGUCCGCGACUUUGGAGGCCGAGAAAUUCCAGGAGUACUGGUCAGGUGCCCCCCUGCUGCGGAUCCCUGGACGGAUGUUCCCGGUCGAAACCUUCUUCACCUUGCGGCCUGAGAAGGACUACCUGGCCGCAGCAGUGGAGACCUGCUGCCUCAUCAAUGUACAUGAGGGACCAGGUGAUAUUCUUUGCUUUCUUUGUGGGGAGGAGGAGAUUGAAAAGGCCUGUGCCGAGAUUGAGGGGAGAGCGGAGGAGACUGGCAAGAACACGCUCGUUCUUCCAUUGUACUCCUCUCUGCCGAUGAAUCAGCAGAGGCGGGUGUUUCCGCCUGCGCCAGAGGGCGCGCGGAAGAUCAUCGUGGCGACCAACAUCGCCGAGACCUCUCUUACGAUCGACGGCGUGGUCUUUGUGGUGGACCCUGGGCUCUUCAAGCAGAUGCUCUACAACCCCCGGACCCACGUGGAGUCGCUGCUGGUGUCCCCCAUCUCCAAGGCCAGCGCCAUGCAGAGGGCUGGUCGCGCAGGCCGCACACGGCCUGGAAAAUGCUUCCGACUGUACACCUUGGAGACCUUCGAGAAGGAGUUGCCAGAAAGCACCUACCCGGAGAUCAUCCGCAGCAACUUGAGCGCAGUUGUGAUAUCCCUCAAGAAGUUGGGGGUGGAUGACAUCGUGCAUUUCGAUUUCAUGGAGCCGCCGUCGCCGGAGGCGAUGAUGAGGGCGCUGGAGAUGCUACACUUCCUCGGUGCCAUUGACGACGAGGGUGACCUCACCGAUGUAGGCUCCCGCAUGGCCGACUUUCCAGUGGACCCGCACCUGAGCCGCACCAUCAUCGCUGCCUCCGAGAGGGCAUGCCUCACCGAGGUACUGGCCAUCAUCGCGAUGCUCUCAGUGCCGCCGCCUUUCAGCCGGCCCCGCUACGCGCAGAAGGCAGCAGAUCGUGCCCACAAGCACUUUGCGUCCGGCUAUGGCGACCAUUUGUCGCUGCUGAACGCCUUCCAGGCCUAUGUGAGCAGCGGCUCCAAGACCCAGUUCUGCCAGGAGAACUUUCUCUCAGAGCGCAACAUGAAGCAGGCGGAGAAUGUUCGGAAGCAGCUGGCGUCCAUCGCUCGCAAGGCCAAGCUGGAAGAUGCCUCCGGCGAGAUGUUGACGCACAGCAUCCGCAGAGCGUUCAUUGAGGGCUUCUUCAUGCAAUGCGCCCACCUAGACGAGAGUGGCAAGCACUAUCUCACUGUGCGGGACCAGCAGAUGGUGGCAAUCCAUCCCUCCUCGUUCCUGCAGCACAAGCCCGAGUGGGUCCUGUAUCAUGAGACUGUGGUCACCGAUAGGUGCUACAUGCGGAAUGCUACAACGAUCCCACCUGAGAUGCUGAUUGAGGCGUCACCCAAGUUCUACCAUCCAGAGAGGUGUAAGCUGCAUGAGCAUGCCCGGAAGAUCCUUCGCCGUGCUUUGCCACGGGUGAAGUCCUGAACCUGGGAGCAGGUGCACAGCCAAUCUGCGCCGCCCAAAGCUGGUCUUGGCAAGCAAAAGGCUCUCGUUUCGAAUUUCGCUGGGGCAAGUUGAUCAGUGAC